UUACAGGUUCAACAUUGUUUUGAUAACACAUUAAUGGGUGUAUUUCAGUUUCGGACGAAGUUGAUGGGUGCAGUACUAUUAACAUUCAUUGUCGUGGCACUAGAAGCCCCUGCAAUACUUGGUUACUAUGGUUCUGGAAAAGCAUUAGCCAUAGCGUUAGGAGGGUCCAGAAAGAUGAAUGCAGGGAGAGAAAGUCGUUUUCAACGUGCGGGCCAUGAUAGUGAUGAGGGAGAAAAGAUAGUAAGCAUCGACUUCAGGUACAGAGUCAGAAGCUUAGCGUCAAAAAGAGUUCCAUCACCACCACCCACCCCGAUGCGAAAUAAAAACAAAAUAAACAAAAUAAUAGUCAAAACGUUUGCUACUCCUCACAGUGUUCACCGUCCCUGAUUUCCCUUUCAUUCAUCUUUUAACUUUUGGGUCUCCGUGUAUACGAAUUACGAAUAUG